AUGUCUACUUUGUUAACAACCCCAACUGUACCCCUAGGGUACCCGCCGCAACAUUAUGACACAAAUUUCGGGUCUGAAUGCAUUGAUAUGCUUGCUAAAGACGACAAUGAUAACAAUAAAGCGUCCGAAUCGCCUAUAAUAAACUGUAUGAUAGCUGGAGGUUUAGGAGGUAUGGUUGGUGAUACAUCCAUGCACUCACUAGAUACCGUCAAAACCAGACAGCAGGGGUUCAUGCAGAAUUUAAAGUAUAAGAAUAUGAUUCCGGCCUUCACGACGAUUCUAAAAGAAGAAGGAUUUUUUAGAGGCCUUUAUGGUGGAUACUCUCCUGCAAUUUUGGGGUCCUUACCUUCAACUGCUGCAUUUUUCGGGAUGUACGAGUACUCCAAGCGGACCCUCAUCAAGGACUUGCGCAUGAAUGAAACUUUGGCGUACUUUUUGGCAGGCAUACUUGGAGAUUUAGCUUCGAGCGUAUUUUAUGUGCCAUCAGAGGUGUUGAAAACCAGACUUCAAUUGCAAGGCCGGUACAAUAACCCGUAUACAAAGGGAAGCGGCUACAACUACAAGGGUCUUGUGGAUGCCGUGAAAACCAUCCAUCGAGUAGAAGGAUCUCGUACGUUUGUUUUUGGGUAUAAGGAAACUCUUUUCAGAGAUUUGCCAUUCAGUGCCUUGCAAUUUGCAUUCUACGAGAGAUUUCGGCAGUUGGCCAUUUUUUACAACGACAGUGAAGAUUUGUCGAUUGGUGCUGAAUUGUUAAGUGGUGCAUCAGCUGGUGGUCUUGCUGGUGUGCUCACCACCCCAUUAGACGUGAUAAAAACUCGAAUACAAACGGCUACCGAAGCGUCGACUUCAGCUGUGCAAAUGUCAACCAUCAAAGCAUUGCGUUCAAUCUACCACACUGAAGGGGUUCUUGGGAUGUUCUAUGGAGUGGGUCCAAGAUUCAUCUGGACGGGUAUCCAAAGUUCGAUCAUGCUUUUAUUGUAUCAGGUAUCGUUAAAGAAGAUCGAUUCCAUGUUGGUGAGCAAGGGGGCUUUAGAAUAA